AGGCUGAAACUUGAAUACAAUCAUGGAAGUAUUGAUAAAUAACAAAAAUAAUCCCCAGCUCCAUUAUCGUGGCUACUUUUACAACUUCGAUAAACCUCGCAAGGAUGGAAUGGGCUGGCGGUGUUACAGAAAAGGUUGUAAAGGUCGCUUGAAAAGUGGUCUUGAUUAUAAAACUGGGGAAAUUCCAGUGAUAGUAGAAGAGCAUUCUCAUGCUGUAGAACCGGAGAAGUUCGGGGCAAAAAAAGCCCUAAUUUCGAUGAAGGCCAACGUUGUCACCACUGCAAUCACCACUAGGAAGGCAAUAGAAGAAGGAUUCCGAGACGCUGACGCAGAAACACUUCUCGAGGGUGGAACAAGAAAAGCAGUUUUUCGAAGAUUAAAUUAUACGAGAAGACAAGCAUUGCGAAGAGACAUGAACCAUCUGGACCGUAACAAGACUGUGUUGGCACUUCAAGCUGAAAAAAACCAUUCAGGGAAAAAUUUGGAAAGAGUUCAAUCAGGAGAAAAAUCAAUUGAAGUCAGAACUCCAACUGCAAGAAACAAGGUAAUUCAAAACACGGUUGCAAAUCAUAAUGAACAGUCAUCCCACGGCUACAAGACUCAUUUGGAAUUUUUGCGGGAUGUCUCUCACCAUGUGUCUUUCUCAGCGACCAUCAGAGCGAAGAAGUCACAAAAAGACGUGGGAAAACCCUUGGACCUCAGCACAAGGAUGGGAGCGGGGAUUGAACAAGACAAGAUGGAUACCACAUCAUUGGAGAACCUUUCCUUGUCCUGCUGAUGGAGAUACUGAAGAAUGAAAAAGUAUUUUUUGUGACCUCGUUGACCGUUUUGUUUACAAU